AUGUAUGAACUUAACGGUCUAUAUUUUGUUACAUUCACCUAUGUUGGUGAUAAAGUUUUUCAUAUAACAAUCAGCAACGCUAACAAUGUUGAAAUCGAAUAUCCUUAUAGUGUACCCUCAACUGUUAACAAUGAAAUUCCAUUUGUUCUAAUGUGGCAACGUACAGUUUCUAAAAGUUUAGAAUCUGGAAGGAAUGUUCUGUGUCUUCCUAUAAAAUACGUUCGAGAGGUGAUGGUCCCAGGACAGAGCCACAUCAUUUUGAAGGAAGAGCAUGGUUUGGUGGUAAAAAGUUGUGUCGUACGUGUUGUGAAGAACAUGACUAGAACUGAAAGGUACUUGGGUGCAAGGUGGUAUGAUUUUUGUAAAACUCUGAAUUUAAAUGAAGGAGAUAAAAUUUCAUUUUGGCACUACGGUGUCCAAGAUGAACUUUAA